AGUGUACUUUACGUUUGUCUGUUUUUCUGGUUUAUUGGUACAGUCUACAAUACUAUUUUAGACAAUAUUCUUCUUUCAUCUCUGUGUCAACAGGUUGGGGAAGGUUUUAAGUGUGAGAUGGACUUGGUGGUGAAGGAUGUGGUAAGUGCUGUUCAUGUUUGAGAACUGCUUAAGCACUUGAUGAAAACUAAAGCGUGUGGAGCUCAAGUUCCUGCAGAAGUCACCGAGUAGCAGUAAGUAACUGUCCAUGGUGCUGAAGACCAGUCUUCACUCUGCAGGACUGUAUCGGCUGCUUCACUUGAUGUGUUGUUAUAACCUGAUUCACAUGGCAGGCUGCAAGCUGACAGGUAGACGAUGUGUUUGCACGUAAUAGGAGAUUUUGACGAGACUAUAGCCUACUUUGUGCUGGUAUGGAGCUCAAACGGUAUGCAAACAGCUGAGAGACAGACAGGAGGAGGGGGAGUCAACGAGAGAGAGAGAGAGAGGGGGGGGGGGGGGUAUGAUGUCAUAGUUUUAAGUCUGUGCCAUAGAAGAAGCAGAUGGAUGCAGCCGUCCUCCUUUUCCUUCGAUCCUGUUUCCAUUUCCAUCGCCAACAUCUGCAUCAACAUCAGGACCCAUCGAGGACAAAGAGUGACAAACCGCAGAAAGAGAAUCUGUGGUGAAAGGAGUCUAUCUGCAGGUGGAGGAAACAAAGCGGAAAAGUCUCCUGUCGGCUGAAUGUAAGCGGAUCAUCAACCGUAAGAGUCCAAUAAAGACGUGAUAUGGACCAAAAUAUCGGAGCAAGCACUGGACCAGUCCUCUUUUCUGGCUUUAUUCUGUAUUAUGAGCAGGCGGCUGUGUAGAGGAGCUAGUCCUGCCCAGAAAGGAGGAGGAGUAGGAGAGACACACACAGAAGGGUGUCGACGGAGAGAGGCAGGGGAAGAGGAGAAGAGAAGAGGAGGGUAGGAACGGAGGAAAAAAUAAUAGAGUAAUAUUUCAAGCUUCCAAUAAUGGCGGCUAAAUCGGACGGGGUCCUGAAGAUGAAGAAGAGCGACGUGGCCUUCACCCCCCUGCAGAACUCGGAUCACUCCGGCUCGGUGCAGGGGCUCCACCCGGGCGCCCAGCCCGACUCUGCGGGCAACGGGGACGGGGACUUCGCCAACGGGGAGUCGCGGUGCUGCGGCGGGGGAGGCUCCAACUCGACGUGCCUUCGCCUGGGCAGGGAGCAGCAGAAAUACACGGUGUGGGACUGCCUGUGGAUCGUAGCCGCAGUGGCCGUGUAUCUGGCCGAUGUGGGCACCGACGUGUGGCUGUCGGUCGACUACUACCUCCGCCGCGACUACUGGUGGUUCGGCCUGACGCUCUUCUUCGUGGUGCUGGGCUCCUUCUCGGUCCAGCUCUUUAGCUUCAGAUGGUUCGUCCACGACUUCACCACCGAGGACGGCGCGGAAUCCGCCGACUGCUCCCACAUGGACGGGAACAAGCUGCUGAGCGGCUCGGCCUCACACGGCGACGUUACCGCUCCACACCACCCGGCCACGCCGCAGAGACAGGCGUCGACCGCCAGCAAGAACACCACGACCAACAGCACCGCGAGCACCGCACUGGGCAGCAGGAGUAGAAAACGCUCGGCCUACUACUCCUUCUGCGUCUGGUUCGGCCAGUCCGUUAUCCACAUCCUCCAGCUGGGCCAGAUAUGGAGGUAUUUUCAUACUAUAUACUUGGGUGUUCGGAGUCGUCAGAGUGGUGAGACAGAGCGCUGGCGUUACUACUGGAGGAUGGUCUAUGAGUUUGCAGAUGUGAGCAUGCUGCAUCUUCUGGCCACCUUUCUGGAGAGCGCUCCACAACUGGUGUUGCAGCUGUGCAUCAUCAUACAGACACACAAGCUCCAGGCUGUGCAAGGUAUGACAGCUGCAGCCUCCCUCGUCUCUCUGGCCUGGGCCCUGGCCUCCUACCAAAAGGCCCUGCGAGAGUCUCGGGAUGACAAGAAGCCCAUCAGCUACCUGGCUGUCAUCAUCCAGUUCUGCUGGCACUUCUUCACGAUCGCUGCGAGGGUCAUCACCUUCGCCCUGUUUGCCUCUGUGUUCCAACUCUACUUUGGCAUCUUCAUUGUCCUGCACUGGUGCAUCAUGACCUUCUGGAUUGUCCACUGUGAGACAGACUUCUGCAUCAGCAAGUGGGAGGAGAUUGUGUUUGACAUGGUGGUGGGCAUAAUCUACAUCUUUUCCUGGUUCAACGUCAAGGAGGGACGGACAAGGUGUCGGCUUUUCAUCUAUUACCUGGUGAUUUUGGUGGAGAACGCUGCUCUCAGUGCGCUGUGGUAUCUCUACCGGUCGCCUCACACCACUGACGCCUUUGCAGUGCCAGCACUCUGCGUCAUCUUCAGCAGUUUCCUCACCGGUGUGGUUUUCAUGCUCAUGUACUAUGCCUUUUUCCAUCCCAACGGGCCGCGCUUUGGCCGCUCGCUGAGUGGCCAGGGUCUCGACCUAGACCCCACGGCUCAGUUCUCCACACUACCGUCUGAAGGUGCCACCAACUCGCUGCGUUCCAACCGAGGUGCCACCUCAACCCUGGAGCGUGACGCGGGGAAGUAUUCAGAGCGGGACGGCUGCAUGCCAGUUUUUCAGGUGCGACCCACAGUGCCAUCCACGCCAUCGUCUCGCGCUCCACGCCUCGAAGAGACCGUCAUCAAGAUCGACCUCUGUAGGAACCGCUAUCCAGCCUGGGAGCGCCAUGUCCUCGACCGCAGUAUACGCAAGGCGAUCCUGGCCAUAGACACCUCUCUGACUCCUCCACGGCUGCAGUACAAGGAUGACGCUCUGGUGCAGGAGAGGUUGGAAUAUGAGACCACGUUAUAGUUCCACCCUGCUCUCGGAACCCAGAAAGGGGUGCGACUGUCAGAGCAUUAUCCUGCUAUCACGAAAAAAACAGCAACAGGGACUGUAGCAAUAAGAAUUUGUUACUACCAACAAUCUCACUUUUCAUCUCUCAUUCCCCUUUUUUUCUUUUUCUAUUCCUCAGCAUCAGAGCCCACCCAGGAGCAUUCAGCCCUCUUGGUAGUGAUCGGAGGAGCAAUUUGGCACAAGUCCAGUCAAUGUCACCGGAUGUGUUUGGGUUCCUGGUAGGGUUGUUGCUGUUAUUUUUUUACUUCCACUCAUCAGGGAAAUCCUGUCUGAUAUGAACUAAAUGCAACAGAGUGCUUCGACACUCUGCUCAGACCGUACGAAAAGCUGGUUAAGGUUGGCAAAGUUAAGGAUAAAACAAGCAUAUGUCCAUCCAGACAAUUUUUAAGUCAUCUGAUAUUCUACUUUAGCCGCAAUGGAAUUGGAACUGGAAUUACGAAUAACGGUCCCUAAUUCAUCCGUAGAAACUUCUAACUGACAUGUCUGUCUUAAUGUGCUGGUGACUUACGGUUUGGAAGUUCUGAAGAUGUGAUCCCAUAGCAGCCACAACUGGGUGGGUACUUCCAUCAGUAUCUACAUGAUAACACUCAUCGCUCCGGUUCUCUUAGUGCCAAAAAAGGUUCCUUGGAAAUGUCCUCCAGAUUCUGAGGAGAAGCACCUAAUGCCGGGUUCAGACUAUAUGACAUCAGCCCGAUUAUACUGCCAACCCUUCAGACGUUGAGGCAUCGGUUAAGAUUGGGAACGACAAUGGGCGUCCGGCGCGACAGUCGAUCGUUUUAUCCCGUUUAGUGUGUCAUGGUACGACAACCGACGCAGCAUCUGGGACACCACACAAUUAAUGUCUCGACAGAAAGAUUAGCAUGUUGAUGAAUUUUGUUUUGCUUACCAAGACGUGUUCCCUCACCGAGGCCUGUAACAAUUAUUGCAUGAUUGCCUAAUCGCAAUUUCUUUUUUUACAUUAUCGCGGU